CCGAGAGAGGAAGAGGAGUCCCCAGGAACCCGCAGGAGAGUCCAGGACAAGGGAAGCUCGUCCCGCCGAUCCCGCUCCAUCGAUCCGCCCUCUGAUAUCGGCUAUCACCUGCAUCGACCUGCACCCCUGCACCUGCGGCGAGAGACCCCGCACCCCUAGCCGCACCUGCGAGGGACGCUACCUUCCGACUACCCCGAAACAAGAUAAAUAAAAAAUCAAAAUGAAGCUACCCCUGGGUACGGUACUGACGUUGGCUGCAUUCGUCAGCACCGUAAAAGUGGAUGCAUGGGGUGGACUUUUCAACCGCUUCAGUCCAGAGAUGCUGUCGAAUAUGGGGUAUGGAGGCCAUGGCGAUUAUCAAGGCAGGACGUCGUCCUUCCUGCAGCGCCCACUAUCUGGAAGCUAUGGGAACUCCUAUGAAGCUGAGGCGGAAGCUGAAGAGGAGCCUUGUUAUGGGAAGAGGUGUGUCACUAACGAGCACUGCUGUCCCGGGUCUGUCUGCAUCCACGUGGAUGGAGUCGUGGGUUCCUGUUUCUAUGCGUAUGGCCUGAAGCAAGGGGAACUCUGCAGGAGGGACAACGACUGCGAGACGGGCCUGGUGUGCGCCGAUGUCGUUGGUGGAGAAACGCGCUCCUGUCAACCCCCCGUCACCUCCAACAAACAAUACAGUGAGGAGUGCAACAUGUCCGGCGAGUGCGAGAUCGGUCGAGGUCUGUGCUGUCAACUGCAACGACGUCAUCGGCAGACCCCGAGAAAGGUCUGUUCGUACUUCAAGGACCCCCUGGUGUGCAUCGGGCCGGUGGCGAUCGACCAGGUGAAGUCGAUCGUCCAGUACACCUCGGGGGAGAAGCGCAUUACCGGCCAGGGUAACCGCAUCUUCAAGAGGACCCCUUUCGCCUAAGUCCUCCACCCUGAAGAGGUCCUUCUUCGGGGUCGGAGUCACGGAGUCACGUUCCAUUCGGUCGUCACGAGUCCACCUUCGACGUCGAUUAAUUUGCGCCGAUAUAUCUCUACAUUGGUUCCGCUGGUACACGUUAUAACUAAUUAACAAUUAGUAGGGAUUAUUUACACCGGGGGAUGGCGAGGACUCUUCCAACAUUUCUGACACUGCGACUGAGAGAUACAACACAUAUCAAAGCGAGGGGUCCUUAUCGAGGACUCCUUGCGCCUAGAUAAGUCAUCACGUCGAGGAAACGAUCGACGCACAAAACGCCAAAGGGUGAUAUAUACAUAUAUAUAUAUAUUGUUAGUGGUUCGAUUGAAAAUUCUCUAUACUCUAUUUUCGAGUACGUUGACACUUUCCUACGUGGACUUUUCCGGGGAAAAGUCGAAGCCGAUGAAGACGCUUCGCCGGGGCGUCUUCGGAAGAUGCGAGUAUUUAUUAACUAUUAUUAUUAGGAGGCUUGCGAUCUUCUGACUCUUUUUUAUCUGGGAGCCUUGAGAUGUCAGGGGUACCUUGAUUGAGUCGUUAUCGAUACCGGAUAUCGAGGAAAUUUUAUUCGAAAUAUUUUACCUCGCACUAGUCACGUCGUGAAUGGCGUCUAACUUCUUUCGUCCAUUGUGAUAUUUUCCAGGGUGGGUUUUGUUUAUAAUUGUAGGAGUUAUUUAAAUUACGUUAAUCACUGCGAGAUGGCGUGACAAAGGCUUGCAUGAAUAAUUUUACAUUCGUUUUACGAGACCCGGUAGACUCGCUCGUUGCUUUUUACAAGUCCCUGGGGCACGAGGGGUGAGAAAUUGCAAACGACGCACAAUGACGCAUUAAGGCGGUGCGAAAGUGGGGCUGAGGGUCCUUGUGAAGCUUUCUUCCAAAUUGGAUCGGCCGAAUCCUUUGAAACUCCACAACGAAAAUGUAGAAACCAUAAGGAAGGUCCUGGCGCCCGUGAAAUUUCAAGUUUUUUCAAAUUUCUUUAUAGACGCUUUGAAAUUUUAUGAAAAAUGAAAUUUUACGGGAGUCGGGACCUUCUUUAUGGCUUCCAUGUUCAGGCUGUAGAGUUUGAAAUGAUUCGGUAGACCCAGUUUGGAGAAAAGUCUCACGAACGUUUGAACCCUCAGGUGGCACUUUCGUACCCCCUUAACGCGCUCCCUAGACCUUCCAAGGGCAAGAAGCGAUUCAUUAAAUUCCCGAUUACUGGAGUUAAUUUUUAAUCCUUCAUUCCGUGGCUCGUGACUGUUAAAACGAGUCCUCGAGGAGAGCGACCUCAUCUUGCACCAGGACACCAUGGGUCCCAGAAAUCGGAACCGCACCUCCUCUCAUUGCCGAACCGGAAGAGCUAUUUUAAUUACGAUUAAGCGGUCGACAAGUCGCUCCCAUAAUUUACCCGAAUCCUCCCGAAAUGCCGGUAUAUUUUUGCAAGGUACUUCCACCCUGGCGAGAAUUAUUAAUCGCCCAUGAAAGUGACACCGUGACUGAUUCCUGGGACCCACGUUUAAGGGGGUACGAAAAUGGCACCUUCGAGAUCAUUCAUGAAACUUCUCCGAACCGAAUAUACCAAAUCGUUUCAAACUUUCCACCGUGAAUACGAAGACUAUAAGGAAGGUCCCAGCCCCCAUGAAAUUUCAUUUUUUA